UCCAAGCUUGGGAAGCUUAGUAUACAAGGCUUUGCCUUUAAAGCCUGCUUCAGGCCCAUCUUAUCCAUACCUCCUCUACUUUCCUUAAGCUUCACCACUUCAGUUUCAUCCAGAUUUUGUUGCCUCUUUGGUGUUUCAAGCUCUCAAACAACAUGGAUGGUGGACUAAUAUUGACCUGGCUGAUGUUUCUUCUGGUGAUUAUUUCCUGCACAACUCGGAAUGGGUUUCAGCAAAGGAAGGGUUUAUAAGCAUCGAUUGUGGAAUAGCUCCGGGUUCCAAUUAUACAGAUGGUCAAACCGAGAUAUAUUACACUUCGGAUGUAGGAUUCAUAGAUACUGGAAUCAAUUAUAAUGUUUCCCAGGAAUACGUUGAUGAAGAUACCGAUCAACAUCUCAUGAACGUUAGAAGCUUCCCAGAAGGAGCCAGGAAUUGUUACACCCUACGGCCAAGACAAGGCAAGAAUCAUAAGUAUUUGAUCAGGGCUCGGUUCAUGUAUGGGAAUUAUGAUUCCAAUAAUCAACCUCCAAUCUUCAAACUAUAUCUGGGUGUUGAUGAAUGGGUCACGGUGAACAUGAACAUAAUAGACUACUUUGUAAUUAUCAGGGAGGAAAUCAUACACAUACCAAUUACAGAUGACAUAGAUGUGUGUCUAGUAAACAUCGGUUUGGGGACACCAUUCAUAUCAGUGUUAGAGCUCAAACAGCUUAAUGAUUCGAUUUAUAGUACAACUGAACCAGGAUCCCUGCUACUCAAUUAUAGGUGGGAUUUUGGUACACAAGAGAAGCUGAGAAUAAUUAGGGACAAAGAUGAUGUUUACGACCGGAUUUGGAGACCUGCAGCCACAUCGUGGCCUUGGGAGUCCAUUAAUUCAUCACUUGUAAGUUCUUCCUUUAGUACCUCUGACUAUAAACUACCGGGGAGUGUGAUGGCGACUGCUGUUACACUUGCAGAUGAAAGUGAUUUCGCUUUAGUCAUAGAGAGUGAUCCUUCUCAGAAGUUGUACGUGUACAUUCACUUUGCGGAGGUUGGGGAUCUCAAAGGCCAAAUCAGAGAAUUUACCAUCUCCGUGAAUGAUGAUGUGUCAUUUGGUGGGCCUGUGGCUCCUAGAUACCUUUUUUCUGACACGGUAUAUAGCAACCAUUCCAUGAGUGCAAGUACCACAGAGAAAUUGUUCCUUUCACUAGAAAGGACAAACAGAUCCACGCUUCCACCAAUUAUCAAUGCUAUGGAGGUUUACAUGAUAAAAGAAUUCUCACAAUCAUCAACUCAACAAAACGAUGGGAACAACCUAACAGGUUCGGUUCCACAGGCUGUUAUCGAUAAGUUCAAGGAUGGAACUCUGAGUCUUGGCGAAAAUCCAAAUCUUUGUCAGUCAAACUCGUGCCAAGGAAAGAAGAAGAAGGAGAACAAGUUCCUUGUUCCUGUUCUUAUAUCCAUUCUGUCUGUAAUUAUCCUGAUCCUCAUAGCUGCCCUUGCAAUCAUCCGGAAGUUGACCAAGAGGAGAGAAACUAGAGCUACAACCAUAGAGACGGUCAGUGAACGCCCCAAAGAAGGGUCAUUGAAGUCAGGGAAUUCCGAGUUCACUUUCUCUGAUGUGGCAACUAUCACCAAUUACUUUAGUCGUACCAUCGGUAGAGGAGGAUUCGGACAAGUUUAUCUAGGCACUUUGACAGAUGGCACUCAGGUUGCCGUCAAGAUGCGUUCUCAAUCAUCAAUACAAAGCCCCAAGGCAUUACAAGCCGAGGCGAAACUCUUGACGAGAGUUCAUCAUAAAAACUUGGUUCGUCUAAUUGGGUACUGCAAGGAUGGGAGGGAAGCUGCAGAUGUUUUGAAUUGGAAACAGAGACUUCAAAUUGCAGUAGAUGCAGCACAUGGAUUGGAGUAUCUACACAAUGGCUGUAAGCCACCAAUAGUCCACAGAGACAUGAAAUCUUCCAACAUUCUAUUAACUGAAACACUGCAAGCCAAGGUAGCUGAUUUUGGGAUGUCCAGAGAUCUUGCAAUUGAAAGUGGAGCUUUCAUAUCAACUGUCCCUGCAGGCACACCUGGAUAUCUGGAUCCUGAAUACCAGUCAACGGGAAUUUUGAAUAAGAAGAGCGAUGUUUACAGCUUUGGGAUUGUUUUGUUGGAGCUAAUCACCGGCCAGCCUGCGAUAAAGAACCCUGGGAACAUUCAUAUAGUUGGAUGGGUUAGUCCUAUGAUUAAAAGAGGGGAUAUGCGAAGCAUUGUUGAUCCAAGGUUACAAGGAGCUUUCAACGCCAAUUCUGCCUGGAAAGCCCUAGAGAUAGCCUUAGCAUGUGUAGCAUUAACAGGAAUGCAAAGGCCAGAUAUGAGUCAUGUAUUGGAAGACUUGAAGGAAUGUUUGGAGAUGGAGGUGACUUCCAGGAGAAUUCAAAGUGUAGGUAGCCACAGCAUCGGAUCAGGCAAUUCCCUGGACGAUCUUCCCUUGAUUCUUGGCACUCAAUCGGCUCCCCCAAUAGUUUUCUAUCAUUGUAUGCCUUUUUUACUACAAAAUUCUCCUUCAUUGUUUGUCCUCAAAUAUUUAAUUUUUUUUUCCCAUUACAAGCUUUUUCUACGCUUUAAAGGCUUUGAAUACUGGAAAAACAUCUUACUUUUUCUUGAUGGGCUACACCCAAAAUCAUUUGGAGUAACCAUCUAUAAACAACACCAAAUGGUUUGCACUCCUAAGAGAUGUGACCGGUGA